CUCUCUCUCUCUCUCUCUCUCUCUCUUUUUCUUAAUUCGCUUUACCUCUCUACUCCUCCUAACCCGUCUUCUUCUUCACUCGCCUUCCAUGGAGUCGUCGGAUCCACCACCGUCGAUCAACUUCGGCACCGCAGAGGCUCUCGACCACAUCCGUAGCCUCACCGACGUGGGAGCCAUGACGCGCCUCCUCCACGAGUGCAUAGCCUACCAACGCGCCCUGGAUCUCAACCUCGACCACCUCCUCUCCCAGCGCUCCGACCUCGACAAGCACCUCUCCAAUCUCCAGAAAUCCUCCCAGGUCCUCGACAUCGUCAAGUCCGACGCCGACCACGUCCUCUCCAACGUCUCCUCCACCUGCGACCUCGCCGACCACGUCAGCGCCAAGGUCCGCGAGCUCGACCUCGCCCAGUCGCGCGUCAACUCCACGCUCCUCCGGCUCGACGCGAUUGUGGAGCGGACCAACUGCAUUGACGGCGUUAAGCAGGCGCUUGACGGCCAGGACUACGAGUCCGCGGCGAAGUUCGUGCAGAGGUUUAUGCAGAUUGAAUCGGAGUAUAGGGAUUCGGGUUCGGAGCAGAGGGAUCAGCUCAUGGAGUCGAAGAAGCAGCUCGAAUCGAUUGUGAAGAAGAAGCUAUCUGCAGCCGUGGACCAGAGGGACCAUCCCAAUGUGCUGAGGUUCAUUAGGCUCUACACGCCGUUGGGGAUAGAAGAGGAGGGUCUACAGGCGUAUGUGAGUUACUUGAGGAAGGUGAUUGGGAUGAGAUCGAGGCUCGAGUUCGAGCAUUUGAUGGAGUUGAUGGAGCAGAAGAACAAUCAGAACCAGCAGGUUAAUUUUGUGGGGUGUUUGACCAAUUUGUUUAAGGACAUUGUGUUGGCAAUUGAAGAGAAUGGUGAGAUUUUGAGGGGGCUUUGUGGGGAAGAUGGGAUUGUUUAUGCCAUUUGCGAGCUUCAGGAGGAGUGUGAUUCGAGGGGGACUUUGAUUUUGAAGAAGUAUAUGGAGUAUAGGAGAUUGCCCAAGUUGUCGUCCGAGAUAAAUGCGCAGAAUAUGAAUUUGCUUGAUGUUGGUGUUGCUGGUGUUGGGUCUGAGGGGCCUGACCCGAGAGAGGUUGAGCUUAUAUUGGAGGAGAUACUGUCUUUGAUGCAGUUGGGUGAGGAUUAUACUGAAUUCAUGGUGUCUAAGAUCAAGGGCUUGAGUAAUGUGGAUCCGGAUUUAGCGCCGAGAGCAACCAAGUCUUUUAGGAGUGGAAGUUUUAGCAAAGUGGUUCAGGACAUUACUGGGUUUUAUGUCAUAUUAGAGGGUUUCUUUAUGGUUGAGAAUGUGAGGAAGGCUAUAAGGAUUGAUGAGCAUGUGCCUGACAGUCUUACCACUUCUAUGGUGGAUGAUGUUUUCUAUGUUCUGCAGAGUUGCUUGCGAAGGGCGAUAUCCACUUUGAAUAUCAGCUCAGUGAUUGCUGUGUUGAGUGGUGCCAGUAGUUUGUUGAGUAAUGAGUACCAUGAAGCUUUGCAACACAAGAUGAGAGAGCCCAAUCUUGGUGCGAAGCUGUUCUUGGGUGGUGUUGGUGUUCAAAAGACUGGCACAGAGAUCGCCACGGUUUUGAAUAAUAUGGAUGUGAGUAGUGAGUAUGUGCUCAAACUGAAACACGAAAUUGAGGAGCAAUGUUUGGAAGUAUUUCCUGCACCAGCUGAUAGAGAAAAAGUUAAGUCUUGUUUGUCCGAGUUAGGGGAUAUGAGCAACACAUUCAAGCAAGCUUUGAAUGCUGGCUUGGAGCAACUUGUGGCAACUGUGACACCACGUAUCCGUCCAGUGCUUGAUAAUGUUGCGACCAUCAGCUAUGAGCUAUCAGAGGCUGAAUAUGCGGAUAAUGAGGUUAAUGACCCAUGGGUUCAAGGGCUUCUUCAUGCUGUUGAGACGAAUGCAGCAUGGCUGCAGUCACUAAUGACUGCCAACAACUACGAUUCGUUCAUACAUUUGAUAAUUGAAUUCCUUGUGAAGAGGCUUGAAGUAAUUAUGAUGCAGAAAAGAUUUAGUCAACUUGGAGGCCUUCAGCUGGACAGAGAUUGUAGGGCAUUGGUGAGCCAUUUUUCUAGCAUGACUCAGAGAACUGUUAGAGACAAGUUUGCUCGGCUUACUCAAAUGGCAACCAUCCUCAACUUAGAAAAGGUCUCUGAGAUUCUGGAUUUCUGGGGUGAGAAUUCAGGACCUAUGACCUGGAGACUGACACCAGCCGAGGUCAGGCGAGUUUUGGGUCUGAGAGUUGAUUUUAAAUCCGAAGCAAUAGCCGCCCUCAAGUUGUAAUUCCAGCUGAACCGACACUUCUCCUUCAUAUUUUUUUUUUUUUCCUCUUCAAAAAGAUUCAUAUCUUCAUUCUUUUUGUUACCAUUUCCUACAGUUUUGUUCACCAUAUUUCUCUGUUAUAGUUCUAUUUUUCAGUCAGAUUUUUGUAAUACUUCAGCUUGAACAUGUACUAGUUAUCUUUGAACCUCUUAAAAGUGUAGAAUAUUACUUCAGUUGCAUUA